UGUUUUGGGGGGCCACCCAAAAUGAGGUGGCGGGCCGUAUCCGGCCCGCAGGCCGUAGUUUGGGGACCACUGCCGUAGGUGAACACUCUCUAUAUAGCCCUGGUGGGUGAAUCCAUCCUUGAAACUUGAUGUGACAGGAGUCUUCGGCGCCUCCUGUCGGCAUGAAAUGCCCAUCAUGUUUAUUAAUAUGAGCCAGGGCGAACGGCAAGUUAAUGGCACAGUUGUAACAUCUCUGAAUUUUUACUCCAGAAUGAUAAUUUUUCCCUAUUCACAUGUUGUCCGUAGCUCACUGGUGUUACACAAAUUGUUUUCAAAUAGAUUAAUCUAUCCAUUAUAUGUGAUCAACCACCUGCUCAGAAGAAGUGAGGACACCAGCACACACCUGAGAGUAAUUUAUGAUAUUGCCUGUGUUGUGGCAUCACACUUGCAAGUAGAUACAUUCUCAACUCAUUUGUAAAACUCAAUUAUUGUUUGGAUAGAACACUUCACAUAUUGACUCAACAUAAUGUCAUACUGUUUCAGAAAACAGGGCAGAGCAUUCCAGAUAACAUGUCAUUGGCUGUACCCGCAUUCCAUGUGUAUGGACAUAAAUUGCCAUGCCAGAUCAAGUACAGCACCAGACGUCUUGACGGGUAUGGUCUUACAGAUGGGGAGGGAAUGGAGAGGCUGUGGUCCUUCCUUCGACGGUUUGCUAGGGUCACAAAGGAGAUGACCCCAUCUCACCGUCUGGACUUGCUCACAGAUGGGCUUCUCCAUUACGGUCGAAGGAAAUCCACUGACAUGGAGAUGCAACUCCUACAAAGACUGGACAGAGCAGAAAAAGUUACAGUUCUUGCUGAAGAGGACAUCUCAUCUGUCAUCAAAGAGGCACCAGUGUUGAUUUCUGAGAGAGAUAUUGAGAGAUGGAAGAAAAGGGAGAUGGAUGUAGCCCAACACACAGUAAAACCAACAAGUACCGAUGAAGAAUUGGUGCAGUGGUGAGGCUGGAGCACCCCUGGCUUUUGCCGUAUGGGUUGGCAUGUAGUCUAAUUACAGAAAUAGCAAUAAUUUCAGAAUUUCAGCAGCAGCACCAGCAGCAGCAGCAGCAGCACUACCACCACCAUCAGCAGCAGCAGCACCACCACCAUCAGCACAUGUUCUGCGUCCAUGCUCUUAAACAUUCCCUCAGCCGAGCUGCCUUGACAUACAUCUGUUUGUAUAGGAAAAAAGGAGGACUUGUGCAGCAAGAACAUCAUAAAAUAUCACAUAAUUAUUAGUAUCAUUGUAUCAUGGUUACAUCUAAAGGAUUCCUCUUAAAAAGAAAAACCUUCUGUGUCCAUGUUCUCUAAAAUGAUGUCUGCGGAAUGAUAAAGUCAGUUGUCAAGCACAAUUCAGAUUAAAUCUACCUUCAUCU